CAAUACACAAAUGACGUUCGUAGCAAUUAUCGAUCGCGCAUAAAAAUAGUUCCAUAUAAACACUUGUAGCUUUUGCCGUGUGGACACGAUUCGCUGACCAAACAACGCGGAUCAAACAAAAUUAUUAUAAUAACGUUUCACCAAACGCGCGUUUCUUUUACUCGUAGAGACAGGACGCGGACAGCGACACGGCGUCCGACUUCCUUGAUUGCUUUUUAAAUUACUUUUAACAUGAUUAAAUUAGUUGUUCUGUUAUGUGCGCUUGGAAUUUGCGGUAAAGUUUUCGGUCUCGAAACGACAACGUACGAGUUAUUAAUGCCAGAUGUCUAUCCACACAGGGAUGAGCUAUACCUCUGCACUCCCAUCCGGAUCUUCCCAGACAGAAGCUAUUCCAUAGUGGGGUUUGAACCGAACGCGAGCAUGCACACAGCCCAUCACAUGCUGCUGUAUGGGUGCUCAGAACCAGGAUCCAACGAUAGUGUUUGGAGUUGCGGUGAGAUGUCAAGCAAUGAAAUCGACGCACAGUACAACACAGCGAGCCCGUGCCGCUCAGGAUCUCAGAUCGUGUACGCAUGGGCUCGAGACGCUCCGAGCCUGACGCUUCCCGAGGGAGUGGGAUUCCUAAUCGGGAAGAACUCGCCCAUCAAGUAUUUGGUGCUGCAAGUGCAUUACAUGUCGAAGUUCCCAAAAGGUAAAACGGAUAACUCGGGUGUCUUCCUGAAGUAUACGCAAGAACAGAUGCCCCGCCAAGCCGGCGUGUUCCUGCUCGGCACCAGCGGAGCCAUUCCUCCCAAGAAGGUGGAACAUAUGGAGACGGCCUGCACUAUGACGGAGGACAAAGUCAUCCAUCCUUUCGCGUUCCGAACUCAUACUCAUUCCCUCGGAAAAGCGGUAACCGGCUACGUCGUCCGCAAGAACGAACAGGGCGACGAAUGGAAACUGAUCGGCGAGAAGAACCCCCAGUUACCCCAGAUGUUCUACCCCGUACAAGACCCCUCGCCAAUCAGCAAGGGAGACAUCGUUGCUGCUAAAUGUGUGAUGAAUAAUACUCACGAACACACUGUUAGGAUUGGCGCCACGAACAGGGACGAAAUGUGCAACUUCUACCUGAUGUACUGGGUGGAGCGCGACACCCCCCUCCAGCAGAAGUACUGCUUCUCGGCCGGCCCCCCCUACUACUACUGGUCGCGCGCGCCGCAGAACUUCAACCGCAUACCCGUCCAAGAUAACACCAAGUACACGUAAACGGACCGAGUAUGUCUCUCUCACACUUUGCUACCAAGGAAUGCAAGCAAGCAGACAAGCGAACGUAUGACUUCAGGCGGCGUAGCACGGUGGCGUUUUUAUCCCUUGUCACCAUACCUGUCACGUUCUAACAAGUAUGUAAGUGCGAAAGGGACGCGCAUAGUGAUAGUCGAUAAAAAUGGAACCGUGCUGCGCCCGCAGGACACUCAAUAGAAGGACACCUCAAUAGAAUUAUCGCAGCUACACGCUGUGAUGUGUUUAUUUUUUGCACACAUUGUUUAAUGUUCAAGGUUUGCUCUCCUUUGGCUUUGAAAAAAAAAAUGAUUUAAUUCAAUCUGAAAUUCGUCGAACGUGAAUGCUUAAGUAGCAAAGACUAGCCUUAAUUUUAGUUCUUGUACCGUAAAACGGGGUGAGUAGGUUUCGCGGGGAGAGGUGGGUUAUGAAUGGGGAGAGAAGGUUUGAGAGGGGGGUGAGAAGGGAUUUUAAGGCUACUGCUACAAAAAUAAUGUAUUCCGAUUUAAAAUGGGGCUAUAGUAAUACGUAUAAUAAAAAAAAAUCGAUCCAUCAAUCUUCCAAAAUCACCUUUGUAUGAAAAACCCUCUCACCCCAAAUACGAGGCACUACGGGGUGAGGUGGGUUUUACUCUUUAUCGCCAAAGUUAUGAAAUGGAACUACCCAAAAUAAAAUACAAACGUCCGAACCACUUAUUAUAUACACCUUUCAGUUUUCACAUGUAAAAAUAAAAUUUUAUCGAGGUUUGAAAGUCAAAUUUCACCCAACUCACCCCAUUUUACGGUACUUACUGCUUAGAGCAUUUAGUAUCUGGAGACGUCAUGGCUGUCAUUUUCUGCACGAAACAGUCUGCCGGUUUUUGCGGGGGAGGGGACGUCAAAUGUAUUGCUAUUUCUACAAGAUUUGUACGUAACGUACAAAAUAGCCAUGUCAGUGCAUACAAAAGUUUGCACAAUUGUGCAAGUUUUUCGGCAGAGGGGUAAGCUCUUAGGGCGACUCUAGUUGUUAAAUCAAUGCUCUAAGACUUACUGCGUUUCAUAUUUUCGUAAGAUACAUUUACAGUUGAAUUUAACCUUUUACACAGUAGGUUACAUUCUAUAUUUAAAUGACGGCAGCUUCCUAACAGCCUACUAGAAUUUACCCCAUCAAGGGCCAGUUGCAUCAACCACAAUAGGGUAUUAUACUGCAUUUAAAAUAAAUUAUUUUACACCAUGCAUGAAAUAAAGCACCACAUAAUUAUUAGAAAAACACAGGAGUAAUUUUUAAACACAAGUAGGUGAGUUGACCGUGGCGUCACGAUGUAAUGUUUCAUAUAAAUUCCAUAUUAGCAAAUCGUUGUGACAGUUGAAAAAAACCGGGCAAGUGCGAGUCGGACUCGCGCACGAAGGGUUCCGUACCAUAAUAAAAAAAAAACAAAAAAAAAAGCAAAAAAAAACGGUCACCCAUCCAAGUACUGACCACUCCCGACGUUGCUUAACUUUGGUCAAAAAUCACGUUUGUUGUAUGAGAGCCCCAUUUAAAUCUUUAUUUUAUUCUGUUUUUAGUAUUUGUUAUUAUAGCGGCAACAGAACUAUCACGGUUCGUGAGAUACAGCCUGGUGACAGACGGAUGGACGGACGGACAGCGAAGUCUUAGUAAUAGGGUCCCGUUUUACCCUUUGGGUACGGAACCCUAAAAAGGAACUGAUUUGACUAGAACGAAAAUACCCUAUUGACGGACUGAUCAUAAUUUCGUGAAUUGACCGGUACUUAAACCUCGUACUAGGUAGCAUAACGUGAGAAAGACUUAAGAAGGUCAACACUGCCGAUUCCGGUAAUAAUAAGUAAUACUAAAGGCCUAUGUUGCGUUAAUGUCAUUUAAAGCGUAUUUUGAAAAAAAAUAUGUGUAAAGCGUUAAAAGUAAGUACGAAUCGGCUGAUGAAAUGAUAGAAUCAAUAUAGGUGGUUAUUUCUGCUACUCUUAGACUAAAAAAAGUAUUAUAUACAUUUCAAAACUGUAUUUAUAUCUGUUUAGCUAUGUGCUAACUGCCAUAUGAACACUCAUGGCGACUCAUCGUUCACUGAUGCCGUUAUCUCUCGUAGCCAUAGCUGUUUCUCAUGUUACAUUCUAACCCCCUUAUUCAUAAACGCGCUACAAACCUUGAUUAGCUAAUAAUCGUUUGUGUUUAUCUUUCAUUUUGACUUAUGCAUUUGUAAGAAAGGGAUAAAACACAAUUUAACUAAAUCAGUCCCGUAAAGUUUUAUGAAUAAGGGGGUAAUGGUAUAACGGUAAUAAUCAGACCCCGUUAUCAUUGGUGAAAUUUUAUUGAAAUGCGAAGGGUUGGCACUCACUGCCCCACCGUGCGGAUAAAAUUGCGCAGUUAUUGGGUAAAAGUACGCAUGUGGGGUAAUUGUUCGCAUCAAUUUCAUUGGAAUUGUUGAAAUAAAGUUAUUAGAAUAACGAAUAUUUAUGAAAUUGUCUGAUCAAUAUCCACGUACUAAUUUAAAAAUAUUAAAUAACUAUUGAUAAUUUACUUAUGAUAUUGAAUAUUUCUUGAUUAUUGCCUCAUAACUUGACUUUAAUGAACUCUAGACGUCAUACUUAUACAUCAAUAAUGCGACGUGUGUUGAACUGCUUUCGCUUUGCGUCCGCAGCUCACGUGGUUCCAAAAUAUCGAUCAGACACGAUUUCAUAAAUAAUUAUUUAUUUGUUAAACUUUAUUUAUUUGACAAUUCCAUUGAUAUUGACUUUUUGCGGACAAUUACCCCACAUGCGUACUUUUACCCAAUAGCUAGCGGAAUUUUACCCGCACGGUGGGGGAGUGAGUGCGAAUGCCUUGCAUUUCAAUAAAAUUUCACCACUGAUAACGGGGUCUGAGUAAUAAUUAUUCAUACGUUUAUGAAUAAUUUCUGACCUGAAACGUUACUGUCCUGAAUUAGCUAUGGACUGUUCCGUCCGUUUACUAUAGGAUAUAUUCUCGAGGCAGAACAUUUCCCAUAAGUACAAAACCGAGAACGUUUCCGAGAACGGCACAACUCUGGGUAUGGAUCGUUUGUCUUUAUCUGUCAUUUUGACUUAUGUAUUUGUAAGAAAGAGAUUAAACAUAAUUUAAAUUCAGGCCCAUCAUUUUUUUAUGAAUAAGGGGGUAAAUCUUAACCCAUUCAGUGAAGGUACGAUCUUGAUGCUGAAUAGAUUAAGGGUCGGUCGCACCAAACAGUCUAGAGUUAGACCAAGAAAAGUCUGCAUCGAUUUUGAUAGCCCACGCAAUGCAUGUGUUAUUUAUACGUCAUAAUUUCAUUGAAGUUUGACAUUUAAAAUAACACUUGUCACUGCGUGGGCUAUCAAAAUCGCUGCAGACUUUUCUUGGUCUAACUUUAUCACCGUUAAAGCCUUCGCCAAAUUUUAUUGUACCUAUGGGAAGUUUCAUAGAUCUCUGCAGGGUGACGUUGAUCAGUCUGUUAACCUUUUUGACGCCGUGUCCAACACAAAAGCUGUCACCCAGACGCCACGUCACCGAAGUGUCAAAACUGAAAUUGAACUUUAUGCAUAAUGCUCUAGCCGUAGCUCGUAGGUCUGUGACCGAUUAAUCGGUCUUUGGCGUUGGACCUGCGGUGCCGAUAUUGGGAACGUGCGAAGUCGGUGGCGCUGAUCGUCACAAACACAGGUAAUCUUAUGGAAUGUCCGACAUUAGUACUAGCGGCAGCCGCUUGAGCUAAUUUUACUCCAUAAGAUUAACGUAGAAAUUCCGACAAAAUGAGGGCAGCACCAGUCGUGCACAUAGCGAAUAUCGGUCAUUGGCGUCCAAAAGGUUAACUGUGGUUGGUGCAACUGACCCUAAGUAAUUAAUGUAAUUACACGUAUUCUAUCUGUUAGUCUAUCAUUUCAAGGUCGCGUACUUACGAAAGUUGGCUUCAAUUUCUACUUUUACUUUUAACUAUGGGGAAUAGAUUUGAAACUCUUACAUAGCGAAAGGGAGGAACAGCUGUUCUAGAAACAGUUUGUCUUGAAAAUAUCGUGUCAGUGUUUAGAAAAAGAUGUUGGUUGGCAUCCUUUUCAGCCACUGAUAUAUAAAUAGUGGCAUACCAAUUUUAAAACUCAGAAAACUUAGACCAUAGAUAACUGGACUAGUCUUUCAGUAACUUUCUGUCUAUGGACGGUAGAGGUAAGGAGAAUACUCUUUAUGUAUGAUAAACUAUGUAUGAAUAGUACCGUCUUUACCAUAAGGCCACACGGGGCCCGUGCCCAGGGUCCCCAUCCUCGGGGGGGGGGGGGGGGGGCCGAAGGACAGACAGUAACAGUAUAUUUGAUUACCCAUAAUAAAUAGAAGAUCAUAGUAGGAAAAUGGUAGAAUUCGUUUUUUUUUCCAAAAGGGCCCCAUAUUCUUAUGUGCCCAAGGGCCCCAGUUUAAGACGUUUAAGACGUAGACAUAGUUUAAGACGGCCCUGUGCCACAAUACCUAAAAUAUUUGGUACAAAAUUUCAAAUCACUGAGAGCGCACUUCACUCCGUCAAUAACGGCUAUGUUUCUAGCUACUCUAGCGCCACUCUGGAGUGAUUUGGUACUAUUAUAUAUAGCUGACAGCUGGACACUGGCAACUUUUCUCCCAUAAGAGACUUUUCUCCUUUCCUCUACCCUCCAUAUUUAUUUCGUCUACAAUUUUCUGCACAUCGUGCAGGGUUUCUGGCACACGCGUCAAAAACCUUGCACAAUGUGCAAAAACUCGUAUAAAGUCCUUUCCAUGUGUGAUAUGUUUGUGUGCGUCAGAAUGAGCAUGUGUUAAUUUUUAUUCAUAUGUGCGCGUGUCUCUUCGUCUUUCAACACAGGUAUGUAUGUAGGUAUAUUUAUUUAUUUGCAUACUGUGUGAGUAAUCUUUUGCACCUCCCCGCAAAAUUCGGCAGCCAUUUUUGUACGCAAAUACGACAAGUACGGCUAAUCCAGUUAUGUAUGGUCUAAGUAAGAAAAUAUCCUCAUAAGUAUGAAUACUUUUUUAUGAAAAUUAUCUUCUUGUGGUAAAACUAGGUAUUGAUAGAAUAGUCAGAAAUUUCUAAGUGGGCCAGUGUUCAAAAUGCUCUGAACACACCUUUGGUAUUAAAAGAAUACGAACGUGUGCACAUCAUUUUCAACACAAGUGAGUGAGGGUUCACCAUUACGCGGCCAUUGCGUCAACUAAAAUCCUGUGCAUCUCGAUUGCACCAAUGACAGUACGAGGGAGAUGCAUUGUGAGUUAGUUUACGCUGUCGGUACCGAAUAUGUCAGUGUCAAACUCGUGGUAAGAAUACUGGUCCGAUUACCUAUUUGUGCUGCUAGCUCUAAUAUUGCAUUUCUGACGUGAUAUUCUAAAUGCAUUUGUAAAUUAUUUUAAAUUGACAUAUUAUUUAAUUUGUACAUUCCAAUUGCGAAGACUAAGAAAGAAAACUAAACAUUCCUUUGUUCAAGUAUAUGUAUGUAAUUAAAUUUAAAAAUCUGAAAAUGGAUCUGAAAAAAUAAGGUAUUGUAGCAUUAUUAACGUCUUCAGUAUUUACUAACAUGUUACUUAUGUCUACUUCUAGUCAUUUAAUAAGAAAAACUUUAAGAUUCAUAUUGACAAUUUAUUGAAAUUACUACAUAUUUUAGCCGUUAUCAGUUUUUAAACAAACGCACAAUUUGUGGAUUUGUAUCCAAAAUGUCAAAAAAUUAUAUGAACGGCUAUAAAUAAGGCGAAUAACUCUUAUUCAUACAAAUUAUAGUUAUAUUUAUUAUUUAAUAAUGAUCUGAAGUGCAAACAAUUGAUCUGUUAUUUACAAAAAACUGUAAAAGCAUAAUUAUUCUAUUAUUUUAAUUGUGUUUGUAAAAAUAAAGAUAGGUACCGGUUUAAUCCUACAACUUCGCAUAAAAAUAAAAAAAAGUCAUCAUGAUUUGAGAAAAAUGGUAUAAAAAUAUAUGUAUAGAUUUAAACCAAGACAAGCCUGCUACGAUUUUGGUGGCACACAUAGUGCAAGUGUUAGUUUAAGACUUGCACUACGUGUGCGGUCAGAAUCGUUGCACACUUAUCCUGGGGGCCGAUUUUUGAAUUUCGACCGCUCGAUUUCGUGUAUUUUGUUCAAUAAUAUCUCCAAUACUAGAUAUUUAAAUUCUACUAAUAGAAUUGAAAACGAGUGGUCAAUGCCACUCGAUUCCCAAUUUCUAUCGCUCGUAUUUCAAAAAUUAGUACUUCGUUAUUUUUGACCGAUGGUCGAAUGACGAAAUCGAGUAAUCGAAACUCAAAAAUCGGCCCCCUGGUCUAACUCUUAACUCCCUUAUUAAAUAUAUACAAUGUGAAAAAAAUCAAUGGGCCCUGGAGGGAAAGUACCUUAAAACCUUAAGUUACCUCAUUUUACUUAAAGUAAACAAUAUUUUAUAUUUAAAAAGAAAAAAAAACCAUUAAAAUAUUUUUUUUUAAUUUGCUUGUGUCGCCCGGGAAUUGAACCGAUUUAAAAUUCAAAAAUACUAAGUAUUCGAUUUUAUGGAUAUUUUGUACGAUAGGCGAGUGUACCUAAGACUUAAUGUUUCUUGAACAAAUGUUAACAUUUGACAUUCGACUAGUAAAAUAGUGAUUUUUUUUUAAAUUUUAGUUGGUUUGUUUCCCGGGAGAGGCUACGCGAAUUAAAAAAUCUUUGAAUUGUUUCCUUUAAGUAAAAUGAGCUAACUUAAGGUUUUGAGGCAUCAUCCCGCCGAGGCCCAUUAAUUUUUUCCACCUUAUUCCCGCAACCCUUAUCCUUAUUACCGCGCAUAUACAGAUAUGCGCGGGAAUAAGGAUUGCCUGGCUAAUAUUUAUAAACUGCAUCGCUGAACUCGGCCGUCUAAAGCAGUACUCGUUGCAGUGAGAUCUUGAUAUUUAUUAUUGUAUUCUAGUUUCAUUAAUGUUUUUUUUCCUUGACGAUUAGGCAGCUAUUGUACUUUAUUUUCGGCGAAGAAUUAGUAUAAACCAGUAUUUUAAUGGCCGUUAAAGUUAGACCAAGGGAACUCUGCAGCGAUUUUGUUAGCACACGCUGUGCAGUGUUUUAAAUGACACAUCUACAGUCUAUGCCAGCGGUCGGCAACCUUUUAGCAGCCAAGGGCCACAUAGUAGUUAAUGGAGGUGACGCGGGCCGUACUUCGUUAAUAUUUAUGACUUUAUGAGACAUUGUCGUUUGUCACUAUUACAUAAAAAAAAGCCAAAGCGGCACUCGGGCCGCAAGUGACAGGUUCACGAGCAGCAUGCGGCCCGCGGGCGGUUGCCGAUAGCUGGUCUAUGCUAUUAUAUCUCCAGUUAUCUUGGUCUGACUCUGUUCAUAAACGCGCUACAAACCUCAAUUAGCCAUAAUCGUUUUUCUUAGUCUGUCAUUUUGAUAAAUGUAUUUUGAAGAAAGGUAUAAAACACAAUCUAACUAAUUGAGGCGUGUAAAGGUUUAUGAAUUAGGGGGUAAGUGAUUAUGUAAACCCCUGUAAUAUCCCAUUAUCAUAAUAAUAUGUAAUAUGUAUAAUAUGAUUAAUAUGACCAACAUAUUUUUAUGUUGUAGAUAACUUAUUAAAUCAUGAAAUAAAAUUUCUCAUACGAGGAAGUGUUUUGUUAGUAAAUUAAUAAUUUAGAAACAGCAAUAAGAAAUAAAUAUUAAAACUGCCAAUGUAACUUCGCUCUGCAAAAUCUUAAGUAGGUACGAAGUCGUAAAGAUUUACAAAAUAUGUAUGUAUGGAACUCCGAAGAAGUGACGUCACCUAUACUUCGUUUUUUUAGCAUUAGAAAUUAGGUAAACAAUCUUGAUGUGUCUUUUAAUUGAAAAACACAUUUUAAAAACAAGUUACGGCAAAUAUGUAACAAUUAUGAAUCUAAUAAGAUCAUUUAUAUUCUUCUGCUUUCAUAAGUAAUAGUUUUUGAUUUUUAAAAAGCGUUUUUCAAUUAAAAGACGUCAAGAUCGCUUACCUUCUUGCAAGUUCUUUCUAAUGCUAAAAAAAACGAACUUUAGGUACAUAUUUUUUCUGUCCGUAAAGAAAAUAUGUAGGUGGUUAUUAAUCUAUUAGUUUAGACUUUAAAGUGACAAAAAAAGAUUUAACCUAUGCCGGUGUUUCCAUGAUUGAGAAAUUUUAUUUCCCUAACUUAUAUAUCUUUAAUGGACGACUUUGGCUUGCAAUCUGGACUUUGAAAAUGUAUAUAAAUUAUGUAUAUCCUUAAGUAUACUAAACUUAACGCUUAUUCAGAGACUUUUGAACUUUAUAUGUAUUUCUAUAAAGUGUAGUUCUAUGGAAAUUGCUAACUUGGUUUACAUCAACCGCCAUAUUGAAAUUGUCAAAGAAUGAUGAAUUUACUAGUGACUUUUUUUUACAUAGUUAGCAAGUUCCAUAGAAUGACACUUUAAUAAUUGAUUUUUCAGAAGUGUUUGAAUGAUUCGCUUUACAUUUGGGUUGUAUAUUGGUUUUGAUAGGGCCUCACAGUGUGACUGGACUAUAUUCGGGAUUCACAGACAAUCUGUCUGUCUGUCUCUGAUUAUUUUUAUGACUUUGCGCUUUGAAAAGCGUUUAAUGAAGUAUGUCAAGAUUUAAUGAAUGGCCAUGUCACGCUUUUAUUAAAUCUUGUUGAAUAGAGCCCCAUUCACCUGUGGCCAAGGCCUGGUAGAGUAUUAUUACGUUAUAAUUUGUCGUUAUUAGACAGUAAGUGAACAUUCCUAAUACAAAAGUGAGCACGUAAAUUUAUUCCAAAAUGAACCUUGAAUUUAUACGUUUAGGGUCGAAUUCGAAAAGAAAUAAAAUACUAAAAUUAAGUGUGAAAUAGUAUAAAAUGCGCAUAAAGACAGCACAUUAGACCUAGGACAGUAUACAGCAAGACUUGCGGCCUGAUUCUAAUUUUAAUAAACGUCAAAAAUUAGAUCUCGAUACGAUAUGGAUCGACACUGACAUAUCCGGUUCAUAUCGUAUCCAGUACGGACAGGAUGGUCGUUCUUGUCGACGUGACAGCGUGAUAAAACGGCAUCCGUCACUUUGAAAAUCACGCUUUGUUAAAAAGUGACGGAUAUUUUGUCACGUGGAUAAAGCCAUACAUAGUAGGCUUAAAGAUCAAAUUUUUGACGUUCAUUAAAAUUAGAAUCAGGCCAUUGAUGUAUCUAAUUUUCAGUAGUGGCAGCAAAAUAAAUAUGUGUACUUAGGUAGAUCGACCUACAUAAGUUAUUUAGCGUUUAACAAUUUAUUUUGUUCAAUAACCGAAUACUUAUACAAUUUUCGCAAAAUAACGCCUGAAUUAAUCAAUUACAUGAACUGAAUAGUCAAUUUAUAUGACUUCAUUUACGGUUUCUGCUAUAUUACGUUUAUUAUACAUUAAAAUAUUUAUAAGAAAUGUAUAGUAAAAUACUAGAGUAAGUAAAUCAUAUUUAUGCGAUAGAUAACUUCCUACUAUAGUAUAUAUCAUUUACAAUAUAUUUUAUUCCAUGGAUGUUAAACUAGUAUAACACAUGUUAGCUUUAAAAUUAAUGUUUUAAAUCAUAUCGAUGUGCUGAGCUAAAAGCGAAAAUUGUUAUAAUAAUUAGUACGUCAUAAUAAGUGAAAUCGUCAUAAAAAGUGGCAAAUAUGGGAAACCCAUGAAAAACAAUAAAAAAAUGUUAUAUUUUCUCUAAAGUCAUAUUUUAUACCUUCUAAUAUCUAAUAACUUACUGUAUAUUAUUUACUGGAUACUUAGAAUGCUUGGGUAACAUACUAGAGAUUAUGCCAGCUGCGGAAACUUUCUAAAAAGUUGGAAAUGUUCUAGAAAAUAUGAGGAUUUUUUUAUGGAAACUUUCCGACGGCAUAUUACACCGUAUAAUGUAAUAUGCCGUCGGAAAGUUUCCAAAAUUUCAAAAAUUUCGGAAACUUUAGAUUUUAUUGUAAGGGAAUCUAAAUUUUUCAUAUGUGUAGUUAGAUUUUUAUGAAAUCCUUGUUAUUGUCAAAAUAUCACAUAUACCACACAGAGAGAGAAAAAAACGUGGAAGUCCGUUCAUUAUUACCCGAGCAUACAAAGUAACCAGUAUUAGAUCAAUUUUACAAAAUUGAGUUCCAAAACCUAACAUUCCUACUACAAAUCUCAUAUUGUAUGAAACGGGGAAGUGCAAAAUAAAUAUACUAUAUCUAUAUUUUA